AUGGGACUGGGAGGCGGGUGGUUAUAUCGCAUCGCUAAUAACCCCCAUGGUGAACAAGCCAGUAAAGUCGAGAACAUGAAGAACAACUUGGAGAAGAAGUUCAACGGGCCUGAGAUUCGGGCCGGGGCAACCAAGAGGGACCUCUCGGUCCAUUUAGGGCUGGACGUCGGUUUCGAAGAGGAAACUGACUCCAUCGAGGCUGAGAUACCGCACCCGCAUAACUUCAUCCCACGGUAUACUGCGUGGUAUGCUUCGGCGCCGACAAAGAUCCCGAAACGAUGUCGUUGCUGCAACGAGCAUGUCGGCGACUCGGCAGGGUGCACUACAAUGGUACACCAUGUCUACAAGGUGAACGAUCCCAAGACCCUGGCAUCCAUUCUUAACUACGUGGAAACCCCGGAUGACCAAGACAUCGCCAUUAUUCAAGGUUCGCCAGAGGAUUUCGAUGACAUUCUCUGCCCGCUGGCUUCGCAAUCAGCACUGGGUCUCAGCCGGAUUUGA